AUGAGAUACGACAGAGAUGUGUUGAGCGAGAAACCCAACCGCUCAAAUGGUUUGAUUGACAAUGAUUCGAGUAUAAUGACAGCUGUGUAUAUAGUCUCAAUGGAUGAUCUCCACUUCCGCGUCUGGAGCGCCGAUAAUGUUAAUCCAAGUCGGGAACAGACGGAGACAAAUUCAGCCGCCGAAACGAUAAGCACUUAUGAAUUAAAUGAAUCUGAGAAGACUACCCUUCUGGUGAACAAGAUGUCACUUAGUCGCGGAAAAAGAGCAGAAUCUAUCUCACUGAAGUCGUUGGUCAGUACUCCUACUCGGAAAAGAAAAGAGCCUUUCACAAGUCCAAUAAAACGACUUUUAACGCCAACUAAGUCACCGAUAUCCAAGAUGAUAAAAUUGGGUUCCCCCGUUUUACCGCUGGCCAACAUCACAAAUGCCGACGCCGGAACUCCAAGCAGAACCUCCAUGUCGACACCCCACUCACAACGUCGAGGUCGAAGGAAGAGCGCCUUCCACUAUAGAUAUCCAACGGAAAAUCUGCCGAACAAGGUCUAUGAGCGGUACAUAGCCAAAUUCAAGGCUAAACGUCUUGCUGAAACGCAGGGAACCCCUGCUGUCAGUCUUGAAGCUCAGUCACCAAGCACAUCCAGGAAGAAUAUAGAUGACUACUGCGUGCGAAGUAAUUUUGACAAAACAAAGUCAAUGACGAAGCAGGAGCGACCACGAUUACCAAGUGUCACUGAAUUUGGGGAUUCGGUCUGCUCCAAAAUGCUCUCAGAACAACACCGUGCCUUACAAAACUCACCUCGAAAGCUCACUGUGAAACUGACACCACUGAAAAGCCGUCCACUUGCUCCAGUAAAAGGGUAUACGACUCCCAUCGAUCAUAUAUGA